AUGACAGCAAGCGGUGGGCAGCACCAGUCAAGAUGGGUAACAACAGUUAUUAUGAGCACAGCUCUGCAGAAUCAUGAAAUUUCUACGCUUCUACAGAGGCAACACCACCGAGUUCGAUAUUCAGAAUCAGUGGAAAUUGGAUCCGUGAUCUUUUCUCUUUCCGGUGUUGCAUUUAUACUGGCAGACACUCAAGACUUGCUUAGGACAGGGGAAGAACACUUUUCCAAAAGAAUUCAGAAGUUCAUAAACAUUCAUCGGAACAGUUUUUUGGUUUUGUCAGCUGCUCUUCAUGGACCAGGAGAAUGGAACAUCAUGUUUAGGAUUCAGAGAAG